CUUGACUUCGCUUCACAGCACCUUCUAACAUCCAAAAAUGGCCUUUAAGUUCGUCGUUUUCUCCUGCCUUGUGGCCCUCGCCCGCUCUAGCGUGGCCCCCGUAGCGGCCCCCUUGGCAGCGGCCCCAAUUGUAGCUGCCCCAGUCGCUGCAAGACUCGAAGAGUUCGACCCUCUCCCUCAAUACCGCUUCGGAUACGACGUGGCCGAUUCCCUCACCGGUGACUACAAGAGCCAAACUGAACAACGCGACGGUGACUUAGUCCAGGGUCAAUACUCUGUUGUUGAGCCCGAUGGUACGCGUCGUGUGGUCGACUAUGCCGCUGAUUCAGUGAACGGUUUCAAUGCGGUUGUUCGGAAGGAGCCUCUGGUGGCUGCUGCCCCAGCUGUUGUUGCCGAGCCCGCGGUGGUGCCUGCCCGUUUAGCUGCUGCUCCGGUUGCUCCUAUCGCCCCUGCCGCUCCUGUAGUCGCUGCGAGAUACGCGGCUGCUCCCGUCGUCGCUUCCCCUUUCGCGAAAUACGCUGCUGCGUAUCCCGCGCCUGUCGCCGCCGCGUACACCGCACCUGUCGCCGCUGCGUACACAGCGCCUGUCGCCGCCGCCGCUUACUCCGCGCCCGUCGCUGCUUACACCGCUGCCUACACCGCCCCCGUCGCCCGUUUUGCCGCCCCCGUUGCCGCUCCCGUCGCUGCCGCCCCCGUCGCUGCAGCCCCCGUCGCUGCCGCGUACUCGCCUGCCUUCGCCAGGUUUACCGCUCCCUUCAGCUACAAAUACGCCGCUGCCGCCCCCGUGGUAGCCGUGUAAAUACUUCCAACUCGACGA